AAACAUUAUUAUAAAAUAAAAUUAUCAUCUGUUGAAGCAAAUGAACAGUUCAUUGCUACUCAUAGGACAAGAAAAAAGUUGAUUAUUCAGUAGAUAUGAUGAUUGUCUCCAAUAGAUUUGCAAUCUCUUUGUCUGUUAUAUGUCUUGUUUUGUGUUUUAAGUUUUUAUCAAUUUUUGGAGACAAUGUAAUUGAAAUCAAAGAUGUUAUCGAUAGUAAUGAAAACAGAGCUAAAUUGGGAGACAACUCAACAGAAAAUCGUCAAUUGUUUGGUAAUCAAGUGCAACGUUGUGUCACACGAGAGGGUAGACCUGGAUUUUGUAAGACCGGUGUUUGUCUAAAUUUGUUUGACAAGAAACCAGCCUAUUGUCCGUCAUCGACAUCAUAUCAUAUGAAAUGCUGUCCCACAACCAACAGAGCGGCUGUAUUGCCACAAAACGAUCCGAUUUGCGGUCUAAGACCAAGUAAUAACUUUUUUAUUGUUGGCGGAGCUGAAGCACCGGCACAUUCAUGGCCAUGGGCUACGGCUAUAUACCAAAACACGUAUAAAAUGAGAAAACUAAAGUCUCGGUUUAUAUGCGGCGGUACUAUUAUCAGUGAGUGGUAUGUUAUGUCAGCCGCUCAUUGUAUUGUCCGUCAAAGUGAGACAUUGCUUCCGAGUAAUUUCAAGAUACUGAUCGGUGCUCACGAUAACAAAAACAGUGGAUUAUAUGCCGACGUCAGCGAAAUUAAAGUACACGAAAACUUUGUGUUUGGUCAGCACCGCAACGAUAUUGCACUCUUCAAACUGACACAACCUCUUGACUUUAGGAACAACAAAGACGUGACACCCGUUUGUUUGCCACCGCCAGAGAUUGAAGGCGCAGACCUUAUCGGUACUAUGGGUACACUUGUCGGUUGGGGUACGACCUCUCAGGGCGGUAAACCGAGUCCAGUGCUCCAAGAAGUUGAAGUUCCCAUUAGUGAAUUGAAAGACUGUGCCAAACGGUACAGUUCAUUGUUAGGUGUGUCCGAUCAAAUCAAUGAAAACCAAUUAUGUGCUUCAUAUACACAGGGAGGCAAAGAUUCGUGUCAAGGGGAUUCUGGCGGCUCUCUCACUGUUUCAUAUAGCGGACGGUAUUAUCAAUUAGGUGUUGUUUCAUUUGGUAAGGGCUGUGCUCAACCUGGUUAUCCCGGAGUUUAUACAAAAGUUUCAUCUUAUCUCUAUUGGAUUGGCGCUCACAUGGAGUAAAUUGUCAGCU